CACUGGUAUCUCGCCGUUUGAGCCCCUCUGCUGUUCGCCUUCUGUUGCCCCACACUCUCUGUAUACAUCCCACUUUCCAUGUAUCUAGAAUUAAACCCCUGUCCCACCCCUCUCCCCAUCUCAUCAACAGCCAUCCUGCAUACACGGUGAGGCGCCUCCUGAGUGUUCGACCUCGAGGCAGGGGAUUCCAGUACAUGGUUGACUGGGAGGGUUAUGGCCCGGAGGAGAGGUGCUGGGUCCCCGCUAGGAUCAUCCUGGACCCAGUCCUCAUCGUUGAGUUCCGACGCUGGCAACCUGGUCAACCAGGUCCAAGGGACACUGUCAAACCAACCGGGGAUGCCACAGCUGGCAUGUCAGGCUUCCAUGCCUCAGCUGGCUCGUCAGGUUCUCAAGCCUCGGUUCGCUUGUCAGGAUUCCAUUGUGGAAGCUAUCGGGGAUUCCUCAGCCAACCCGUCAGGCUUCCAAGCCUCAGCUGGUUCGACAGGCUUUCAAGACUUGGUUGGCUCAUCAGGAUCCCAUGCCUCAGCCGGCCCUUCAGGCUCCCGCGCCUCAGCCGGCCCUUCAGGCUCCCCCGCCUCAGCCCGGCCCGUCAGGCUCCCCCGCCUCAGCCGGCCCGUCAGGCUCCCCCGCCUCAGCCGGCCCGUCAGGCUCCCCCGCCUCAGCCGGCCCGUCAGGCUCCCCCGCCUCAGCCGGCCCGUCAGGCUCCCCCGCCUCAGCCGGCUAGUCAGGCUCCCGCUCCUCAGACGGCUCGUCUCAGCCGGCUCGUCAGGCUCCCACGCCUCAGCCGGUUCGACUGGUUCCCGCCCCUCAGUUGGCUCUUCAGGUUCCCGCGCCUCAUCAGAGGCUACCUGCCUGGUCCUCGGGACCGUUCCUCUGGUCGGCGUCCUGUAG